GGGGUGGGGAAGUAAGUUAUAUUGGAUCCGAUGUUGGGUAUAAUGGAGGAUUAAAUACAGUGAUGUUUAUCCAUCGUCAAAAUACGACUUUUGAGGUGUUUGUUAGCAAAGUCUAUGAUGUAAUUGGUUAACGUUCAACGGCGUUAUGAAAGGGGCCAGGUCACUCCCAAUCACUUCAUUAGUUAGGAUGACAUUCUUCUGGGUAAACGAAUACUUUGCCACAAGGAGGGAUUUAGGGAGAAACAGAUUAGACAAUGGACAUAUGUAUGCGAAGAAACCAAAUGAUACGAUUGAUAAGAAUGCUGAAAAAGCACGCUUUCAUGAUGUUAGGAUAUAUGACACAGUGCGUGGGAUAUUUGAGGUCAUCACUGGUUGUGGCAACAGGAUAGCAGGAAAAGGUGAAAAAUCCUACAUGGUUGACCUCACAGCAACAUCAUGCUCAUGUCAGAAACCAACCAUCUUCAAGUUACCGUGCUCACAUGUUCUUGCAGUAUGUCGAGCUCGUAACAUAUCGUACGAUACUUUUGUGGACCCUUCAUUUCGCACUACAAAAUACGUAUCGACAUAUAAGAAGACUUUCAUGCCUGUUCCAGACAUGUUCACCUGCGAUCCUUGGAACGGUCCUAUAGUUGUUCCAGAUCCCUCAACGAAGCGUGGAAAGGGUCGUCCGCGAUCAACUCGUAUACGGAACGAAAUGGAUGCACCGUUAAUGCGUCCUCGUAACACGUGUAGCUUUUGUGGAUUUAGUGGUCAUAAUAAGAAAACAUGCCCUCGAAGGUCAAUAAACGAUCAUGGCGAUGCCGGGCCCAGUUGAUCCAUCAGUGCUUACGCUUCAGACAACACACGGGAGCAUAGCUGCGUGGGAGGGCUCCACUGCCCAAUUGGGUACUCAUCCACCGGUGCGCAAAACAAAAGGGGCCGAGGGUUGUAGUGUAACAAACUUUG